UAUGUCAAGAAUUACUAUUUAAUCUUUACUUUACUCUUGCGGUAUGUUCUUCUUUGUGACAUUAACUAUAAUUCUUAGCAGCGUAGUCUGUAGAUGCUUAACACUUCUCCUCUUUUUAAGAUAUAGUAUAUCGGUAAAACAGAUAAAUAGGUUUGCAAUCACCUAUGUAAGAAAGUGUUUUUAUCUUCAUGACGAUGAUAAAAUUCUUUUAAUUCCAAAAGGAAUGAUAAUACCUAGUAUUAAAUGAGAAAUUCAGCUCUUGAUCAUUAUUUGCAAGGUUGUAGUAUAAAGAUAAAUCCAAAUUUUGACAGUUUAUCAAACAAUCUUUGUGACAAAUGAGAUAAGAAGCAAGUUAAACAUCACUUUUAUCUUUUAUGUUUUAAGUGUAAUAUAUGUAUAAAACUAGGUUAUGAUAAAUUAGCUUAAACUGCAAUUUUGUCAGGCAUUCGUGUUAUCGUGACAUACAUCUUCUUAAUAGUUGAAUAAAGUUUUUGUGUUCUCAUCACGCUUAUGAUGUAUGUAAACUAAGUGCUUUUGCAUGCAACUAGAUACUUUGAAGGAAUAGGCGAAUAGAUUAAUAUGGCUGACGAAAAUAGUGUGAAAAAAACGAACAUAGAUAGAGGAUGGGCGUGGGUUGUCAUGGUAACUUCGAAUUUGGGAAUGAUAAUUCUUUCCACAGCUUUGUACAUGAAUGGAGUGAUUUAUGUUGAGCUUCUGAACAAAUACGGCGAAGGUGAGGCCAAAACAUCUCUAGUAGGCGCCCUCUGUAGUGGACUCCUAUGUAGCCUAGCACCUCUUGUUGGAGCCUUGAAUAACAAGAUAAGCUGUCGGUUCUCAAUGAUCCUAGGGGGCGCCAUAACAACGAUUGGUUUCCUUAUCUGUGCAUUCGUUAAUAGUUUAAACAUGAUAAUCGUCUUCAACGGAAUUUUUAUAGGUGUUGGAGCCGCCAACGCUAUGUCUGGUCUGGUUUGCGUCGUUGGAUUCUACUUCAAGAAAUAUCGUGAUUUCGUUCUGUCUGUUGUGUUCUUAACUGCUGGUUUAUCAAUAUUUAUUUCCGCUCCUUUCGGGUUAUAUCUGCUCGAAGAACAUGGCCUUACAGCAACGUAUUUGAUACUAGCAAGCAUUCAGGCACACAUGUGCAUAUUUGGUGUCUUAAGUAGACCGUCUGUUAUAGAGAGACAGGUCCAGAAGCACAAACAAAUAGAACGCAAACAAAAUUUAAAAAUGGUAUCAACUACUUACAUUGAUGUAACGCUGUUAAAGAACCGGUCAUAUUUGUGUAUCCUGUUUAGCAUAUCAACCUGGAACUUUUGCCUUUCUGCCGGAUUUAUGCACCUUCCAAAUUAUGUUUUAGUUCGAGGCGGAAGUAAUUCAGAUAUUAGCCUUACGAUGCUAUUGUUUUCCCUUUCAAAUCUUGCCGGUCGUUUUCUUGGAUCACUUACAGUUUCAAAAUUACAAAGACACAUUGCCAAAGUGUAUGCAACAGAACUUGCAAUUUCUGGCAUAAUUACGGCUUUGUUCACCUUAUAUUCAAAAAGAUGGGGUGGACCUUAUAUAUUCACGAUCCAGCUUGGAUUUUUUACUGGAUGGCCUACCACUAUGAUGAUUCCGAUAUCUCUUGAUUAUGUUGGUAUAUCGAAAAUGUCAGAGGCGUAUGGAUAUUAUUUCUUAUUCUGUGGUUUAGGCAUUUUCACCGGCCCAGUAUGUAUAGGUUUUAUUUAUGGUGUGUCGGAUUCAUAUGAGAACAGCUUUAUUGUUGCAGGUGUAAUAUUAUUUCUUGGUGGCGUGUCUGCAGCUGGAUCAUUCUUGUGUAAAAGUAGUGAAUCAACCGAUUCUGAACUUGUAUCGAAUGAGUUGACUAUAGUAGACAUAAAGAAUAGACAUAGCUGUGACAAUAUUGAUGUUAAACUGGGUGCUUCAUUAGGAUCCAUACACAGUGGCAGUAUAACAGAUCUGCUGUCUUGUUCCAGAUCUCAUAACUUAUAUAUCAAGGACACAAGUAGCAUUAUUGAAGAUGUAACUGAUACUAACGAAGUUGAUAGUUUAUAGAUGUCCAAAGAUAACAUGUGUUUUAUACUUUUACUUCACAUAAAUGCAAUUAGUAGCUUAAUAUUGUGUUCUUUAUUUCUAUCUUGUCUGUACCUAUUGUAUUAAAUAAAACUAGGUAAACGAAAAAACAAUUUCUUUCAUAAAUGAAACUGGUAAUAAUUCACACAUCGAAUUAUCUAUGUAGUGAUAACGAAAUAGAGAUAAAUAAGAAUCCCUAAAGAAAGUCCAACACGGCAAAAUUGAAAAUGUUGCAGGCUCGGUUUGAUUGAGCCUGUUCAUGGACGGUACUGUAAAGUGCAAACUACCGUCCACACCCCCUAGCACCGGCUUAAGCAGAAUUCAACAUUUAACAUGAACUGGUAAAAUUUAGAAUUUUGGAACAUCCGCAGAUGUAUUCAUAUGGCGGUUAUCAUAGGCCUUCAACGUGACACAUUAGACGUGCCAUUCCAUGAAAAGCGGCAUAUGGUCCCCAAGUAAAGAAAUGCAUGUGCCCUAAACGAGAAAACAAUGGGCGGAACUAAAUAAAAUGGAAUUUUGAAAGGGGAUCUGAGGUUAUGAAGCCUGCAUAUCACAGAUACGACGUCAAAAGACAAGUUUAAGAAGCAGGCCACAUAUCCUAAGGGUGAUUCAACAGUAUUCAAGUGAGGAAUACUGGAACCACCCAACAAGAAAGAUGCCGAAUAGAAAGAACUAAAAUACUACAAGCACAACAAUUAUGUCGUGCUGAACGAUCUUUAAGGAUCGGAAAUAUAACAUCCCUGUUGAAU